AUGGCUUCUGUAUCUAAAAAGUUCACCACAAAAGAAAUAAUAACGAUCUUAUCGAAGUUUACUCCUUGCGAUGUUUCUGAUUCCUUGGUUCAGCAUGGAAUCAGUAACGGGGGUUACAUUCCAAAUUUACAAAUUCGUUCACCAGCGACUGUCUCCGAGCAAAAUAAGACGUCCGUAGGGCCUGCCUAUACUGUUUUGUAUGCACCAAAGUCUGAUCCAAGACCCGCAAUUAAAGAAUCAUACAUCGAUAAUAUUCCAGAAAAUAGUAUAUUGGUAAUUGGUUUACCCCCAUCCUGCCAAACCACAAAUGCCCCAUACGUGACUGUUAACAAUGCUCUCUAUGGUGGUCUUAUGUCUACUAGAGCCCAAUAUAGAAAUGCCCAUGGGUCUGUAAUUUUAGGCAGAAUUAGAGAUUUAGAUGAGCACAACGAUCUUGGUUAUCCAGUCUGGUCAUAUGGAGUAGGCAGCACAGCUCCAGGGCCUGUUGUAAAGGUAGUCGGGAUCAAUGUUCCUUUGGAUAUAACUGUUGCAGGAAUCGACUCAAACGAAAAUCUUAAGGUCAACCCUGGAGACAUUAUGAUAGCAGAUAAAAAUGGUGUAGUUAGAUUACCUGUUUCUGGACAUGAGGGCAAAGAAGGACAAUUAGACUUUGAAUCAGUUAUAGACUAUAUUCCCAAGAGAGUGGAUGCUGAUACGAAAGUAAGUGAAGAUAUAAAGCUGGGAAAGCCUGCUGCUGAAGCUCAAAAGUUUUGGCGAAGCAAAAUUUAA